UUCUUAAUUAAAGCCAUUCCUAGCCAUGGGGUCGGGCCCAAAAAGCCUACAGGCUAUACUGGCUUCUCCAGGGAUCAGAGGUAAGAGGAUUACAACCAUAUCAAAAGGUGGGCUGAGCGAUUUCAUGCAGUCCAUUGCUUUUAGCAAGCAAGAGUCAAGAGAACCCUUUUACGUGCUUGAUUUAGGUGCGGUCACGAGUCUCAUGGACAAGUGGACACGGGCCCUCCCAAUGGUUCGACCUUACUAUGCCGUCAAGUGCAACCCAGACCCGGCUUUCCUCGGGACCAUGGCGGAACUAGGGUCGAGUUUUGACUGCGCAAGUCGAGCCGAGAUGGAGGCCGUAUUGUCACUUGGGGUUUCUCCCGAUCGCAUUGUUUUUGCCAAUCCUUGUAAAGCGGAGUCCCACAUCAAGUAUGCUGCGACUGUUGGCGUUAACCUAACAACUUUCGAUUCGAAAGACGAGAUCGAGAAGAUUCGAAAAUGGCACCCGAAAUGUGCUUUGCUUAUUCGGAUCAAGGCUCCGGAUGACGGUGGAGCACGCUGUCCAUUGGGCCCAAAGUACGGUGCACUUCCGGAAGAAGUCGCUCCACUCCUCCAAGCCGCUCUCUCUGCACGACUCACCGUCACCGGUGUCUCUUUCCACAUCGGAAGUGGGGCCAAAGAUUCGCGUGCUUACCAUCGAGCUAUAGCAGCGGCUAAAACAACUUUUGAGACGGCUACUCGGCUUGGCAUGCCUCGAAUGCGGGUGCUGAACAUCGGCGGUGGUUUCACGGCCAACCCGCAAUUUAACGAAGCGGCUUCAGCCGUGAAUGGCGCACUGCAAUCGUAUUUCGCCAGCGAUCCAGGCUUAUCCAUCAUGGCAGAACCAGGGAGAUUCUUCGCAGAGUCAACUUUCACGCUAGCCACGAACAUCAUCGGAAAGCGCGUCAGAGGUGAGCUGAGAGAGUACUGGAUCAACGAUGGGAUUUACGGAUCCAUGAACUGCAUACUAUACGACCAUGCAACCGUGACAUGCACGCCUCUAGCAUGCACGUCCAACCGUGCAAACCCCACGUGCAAGGGAGGCAGGACCUACAGCUCAACCGUUUUUGGGCCCACGUGCGAUGCGCUUGAUACGGUUUUGAUGGGUCACCAGCUACCGGAACUUCAGGUCAACGACUGGCUUGUGUUUCCCGAUAUGGGGGCUUAUACGGCGGCUGCUGGGUCCAACUUCAAUGGGUUCAGUACAUCCGCCAUUUUGACUUACUUGGCCUACUCCAAUCCAAGCUAGAGUAUAGGCUUUCGGCUUUCCCCGUUGGC